UCAAGUCAAACCUCACAAAAAAAAUGGAGAAACACCUAAUCCUCAUCGUUUCCAAACCCCAUGGCCAUGGCUCCUUCAAUUUUGCAGUGGAUAUGCAUCACAAUGUGUGUCGGCAUCAAAGCAGUUUCCUCCAACACUCUUACCCAAGGAGACUAUCUCGACUCCGCGUCUCAACUCGACUCCCCCAAUGCCCUCUUCACCCUACGCUUCUACGCCCCUGAAUCCAACCAAUCAACAAACCACAUUUACUUAGCCAUCGUCUUCAACAGCGGCGCCUCCGCUCCUGUCUCCCACAAAGCAAUCUGGAUCGCCAACCGCGACGACCCCAUCCUCAAAAACUCCGACCCCCAGCUGACCCUCAGCUCCCGCGGCGACCUCACCAUCACCCGCCAUUUAGGCCUUCCCAUCCAAGUCUACACCGCCCAAGGAUCAAACACCACUACUACUAACAUAACCGCCACACUAACCGAUACAGGCAAUUUCAUACUUCUCUCAAAUGCGACUCAAGUGUUGUGGCAGAGCUAUGAUCACCCCACAGACACCCUUCUCUCAGGAAUGAAACUAUCAGCAAACAACAGGAUCACUUCAUGGCUCACACCGUCUAAUCCGGCUCCCGGCCCUUUCUCUCUGGAGUGGGAUCCGAGCCCAGGAGAGCUGGUCAUCAGACGGAGAGGGAUGGCGUACUGGAGGAGCGGGCGCCUCGUGGACUAUCACAACGACUCUAUGGGGAAUGUCAAGAAUUUCGAGAAUUUCUAUUUGAGGCCUGAUCGCGACAGCUUCAACUAUAACUUAACUAGCGGAGGAGACUACUUCGUGUACACAGUGAUCCAAGGCAGGACGAUGGAGAGCCGGAAGGUGACUUCAGGGUGGCUGCUGGACGAGACGGGGAACGUGUCGACCAUCGAUGACAGGGGCCUGAGGGUGGUUAUGGCCAGCCUUUGCAACGGUUACAGCUCUAUUGGUGAUGGUUACAGCAAAGGGUGUGAGCUGUGGGAGCUGCCCAAGUGCAGGAAUAGGAAUCAGGUGUUUGAUCGGCGGUCGGGAGAUUUUAGGGACGUGAGAGGGAGAUCGGUUAUGCCAACUAUCGAUGGAAACCAGAGCCUUAUACUGAGUGACUGCAGGGAUACCUGCUGGAAAUGGAGUGACUGCGAAUGCGCGGGCUAUGCGAAUUAUAUGGGAGGAGACUAUGGGUGCAGCUAUUGGAUUGGGGGAGAUUUGGAAUGGGUGCAGGAUAAUUCUGGUGCCGAUGAGAAGAUAUAUGUUCUUCAAUCUCCACCAAAAGCAAAAGCGAAAUCGUAUAUAGGAAUAAUCCUGGGUGAAGUGGGUGCAAUUCUACUGCUUAUGUUGGCAUUUGUUCUUUUGAUAAUGCGAAAUCGUAAGGUGAAAAGGGAAGAAAGAUUACAUGAACUUCUCACAUUGGAGGGACAUACAGAGCUCGACAACAGAGGAGCCAAUGGUCAUCAGCUUAAGCUUUUCACUUAUGCAUCCAUCAUAUCUGCCACUAACAACUUCUCUUCCAACAACAAACUCGGAGAGGGCGGUUUCGGCCCUGUUUAUAAGGGUAGAACAGGAGAUGGCCAAGACAUAGCAGUGAAGCUUCUUUCGAGAAAGUCAGGACAAGGCUUGCUUGAGUUCAAAAAUGAGCUCAUCCUCAUCUCUGAGCUGCAGCAUGUCAACCUUGUCAAGCUUAUAGGAUUUUGCAUUCACAAAGAGGACAAAAUGAUUAUAUAUGACUACAUGCCUAACAAAAGUCUGGAUUGCUUUCUCUUCAGUCCAUCCGGGAGGGAGCAGCUAGAUUGGGAGAAACGGUUCAACAUCAUCGAGGGGACUGCUCAGGGGCUACUAUACCUCCACAAGCACUCCCGCCUCAGAAUCAUCCAUCGUGACAUGAAACCAAACAACAUACUACUUGAUCACAACAUGACUCCCAAGAUCUCUGAUUUCGGUCUUGCAAGGAUCUUCAAAGAAGACACUAGUGAAGUCAACACAAACAGGCGCGUUGGGACUUAUGGCUACAUGGCCCCUGAGUAUGCAAUGCAAGGCAUAUUCUCAGUCAAAUCCGAUGUGUAUAGUUAUGGAGUUUUAGUACUUGAGAUUGUGAGCGGUAGGAAAAACAACAGCUUCCACGAUAUUGAAGGCCCCUUGAGCAUCGUGGAAUACGUGAGAUUCGCAUGGGAGCUGUGGAGAAAAGAUGAUGCGUUGCAACUGAUGGAUCCAAUGUUGAAGGAGUCAUGUGUGUUAGAGCAGCUGCGGAAAUGCAUUCACAUUGGGCUUCUGUGUGUUGAGAAUCAUGCAGUGGAUCGACCAACCAUUGAAGAUGUUUUAUUCAUGCUCAAAAAUGAGACAGCAACUCUGCCAAUGCCCAAAAAUCCAUCAUUCAUCACAAGAAAUAGUGUAUUUCAACAAGUGGACAAAGCUACUCCACAGCAGUCAUCAGACAAUCAAGUCACACUUUCUCAGUUAUCAGGAAGAUAGAACAUAGAUUAAUUGUCCAUUUUUUGGUGUAUUUUGUUCUUCAUCCAAAUAUUACAGUAUUAUUCCUUUUGUAAUAUGUCCAAAAAAACUUUCAGUUACCAACAUUCUGUACCAUUCAA